AUCUUUGGGCGGAUAACUAUGCACAUGGAUCUGGGUGGGGAAAUGUCAUGCAGGAAUUCUUCAUGAUGGCGCUGAUAGCUCAUGUUACGAAUCGAUCCCAUGUCUUCAACGACUACGUAUGGGAUUGGGAUCAUUAUCCGUAUAGCACAUUUAAUGGCAGCAUCAUACCAUCGCGCAUACCGCUAUCCGCUAUUGCCGGAGGACCCAUGGUCGGUGGUGCACUGCCUCCCGGAGAUAAAGCACCUCGUGCAGUGUCCUCUAGCUUCUUCCUCAGUGUUUGCCCGAACGCGACCGUUCUCAACGUUAGAGAAGUUCAAGAGCGUGCUGGCUUUGACGGAAGCGAGUCCGCUCCGGCAUUGCUGAAUUUAUGGUUUGAGACGCUCACAGCAAUAGAGGAUCCUUGCGUUCAGCUGGCGCAUUACAGCCCAGCUAUCUUCGACUAUAUGGCGUUUGGUGACAAAAAGCGAAUGCUUCCUAUCUGGCUGUAUCUAUCCAAAACGCCAGCCGUUACUCAUUGGCAAUGGUCACCUCUCAUCCUGGACGCGUUCAAGGCCAAUGUGCAGUUUUUCAUGCGCCGUCUCUCCUCGUUCUCCUCUUGGUUCUUUAGCGACAAUGCACUCGACAGCAGAGACAUAAUACCCGGGCUGCUUGCGAUCCACGUGCGCCGUGGUGACUUCGAAAAGCACUGCCACCACCUCGCAAAUUGGUCCUCGGAUUGGAACGCGUUCAACUCCUUUCCCGAGUUUGUCGAGAAAUUUGAGGUACCCGCAGACCACGGCUGGGGCGAGACGACUCCCGAAAACGUGGCGAAGUACGAGCGACGGUGUUAUCCUGAUAUCACGCAGAUCAUCGACAAGGUCUCGCAGGUCAGGCUAGAACAUGCGGCGAGUGGCGAGUAUGCCCCGCUGAAUCGUCUGUUCAUCAUGACAAACGGCCCGAUAGAAUGGAUCGCAGAGCUGAAGUAUGCGUUGUCUGAAGCGGGACAGAAAUGGGAGAGCAUCUCAAGCAGUCGCGAUCUGGAGCUGAAUGCGGAGCAGAAGUACGUGGCGCAGGCGGUGGACAUGCUCGUUGCAGAGCGAGCGCAAGUCUUCAUUGGAAAUGGGUGGUCAAGUCUGACGUCGAAUGUGAACAUGCUCCGAAUGGCAAAGACGUUCGAGCCUGAUUCAUGCAGGUUUUGGUAGCCCUACCCGCAACAGCUUUGGGACAAAGGUAGAGCAUGCUAAAACACAUAUAAAUAAAAAUAACUCUACCAUAGCAUCCGAUAUCAAGU